CUUCUUGCAAUUGGAUGUAUUGCCAUCAUCCUCGACUCAUUCGUCAAUCACCAGCGAGACGUGAGUGGCUGUCGAGAUAGUUACACUAGGCCACUCUUUAUCCAACAAACAGGGUUUGACAGUGAGAUGACACGCUUUGCAGGCAAAUAUGCGCUUUAUCUCUAUAGGGAAAAAGGCAUUGAUACAGUUGGGCAGCUUACAGGUGUACCAGUGCUAUUUAUUCCAGGACAUGCAGGAAGUUACAAGCAGAUGCGAUCAAUUGCUACAGAGGCAUCAUAUUAUUACUAUGACAACUAUACGCGCCAACAUGAAAGCUGGGAGAAUGGGAAACGCAGUUUAGAUUUCUUUACAGUCGACUUUAAUGAGGAAUUCUCGGCUCUACAUGGCCAGUCUCUGCUUGAACAAGCGGAAUAUCUCAAUGACUGUAUCGAUUACAUCCUCAAAUUAUAUCCUCAAUCACGCAAACUUGGACCCAAGAUGAACGAGAACCUACCAGACCCUAACUCUGUGAUCAUUGUUGGUCACUCCAUGGGUGGUAUUGUUGCAAGAGCCAUGUUCACCAUUAACAACUAUCAGCCAGGAACCAUCAACACAGUCCUCACUCUAUCUUCUCCCCACCUCCUCCCACCCGUUCCAUUUGACUGGAAAAUAUCCAAGCUAUAUGACGAUAUCUACAAAGAGUGGCAUAAUGGGUUUAGCCAUGAUACAUCUCACGGCGUACAUAGUCUCAAAGACGUCUCACUGGUAUCUAUUGCCGGUGGUACACUAGAUACUAUCAUUUGUUCAGACUCUGCCAACGUCGCUACUUUUAUUCCACCUACGAAUGGAUUUACUGUGUUUUCUACGGCUGUACCGCACGUCUGGACAGGCACGGACCACAACUCAAUUCUUUCCUGCAGUCAGCUCAUCAAAGUUGUCGCAAAGGCACUCCUGGAUUGUGUCGAUGCCCGACGAGCCACACAGACAAAACCCCUCGAAGAUCGCAUGAAAAUAAUGAGAAAAGCCUUUUUGAGCGGACUAGAAGAUAGACAAGGCAAUGCUCAUGUUUCAGGAAUUUCUCAGGGAGCAUUCAGUAUCCUCACAGACCAGUCUAUCGACACUUCUAAACAGUUUGACAUCUUGCUGUGCAAUAAACUCAACCAACAGAUGCCUGACACAACCCGCGUCGGCUGCCGUCCGGCCAGAAGCAUUGCCGUUCCUGUCCCAGCAUCGAGUUACAAAGAUACUGACUCGUUCUCGGGAAAUACUUUUACAUUCGCGAGCAUCGCCUUUGCAGAGAUGCUAGAAUAUGAAUACCUUGCCAUCGCACACCGUCCUAGUCUAGAUGGAUUUUUGAUCGCCGAGGCAUUUGAUAUGCAGGAUACUCAUCAAACCAUAGACGAUCCGAUGGUGUCGAUUGCCCGUCAUAGUCUCAAAAUCGAACUCGAACCUGCUCUAUUUUCGUCUGUCAGGAUCCCAGCCAUCGAAAACCCAAUGCUUGCCUACCAUCUCAAGGUCUCUCGACCUCAGUGCAAGCAGAACGAGGGAAUGUUUGCACCCUUUUUAAGGCAAUCUAUUUCUACCAUGCACGAGUCAAAGUUCCAUGUGAACUUGGCAAGUGGAAACAAAGCCGAGACAGAGGUGUCGCUCCAUGGCCGAACUGCCUUCUCAUCGAUAUCUAUAAACUCACUCAAGGAAAGUCAACAGGGUCUGGUCUUACAGGUCUGGAUGGAUCCUGUCUGUCCUUAUCCUUUGACUAUCGAGCUAGAGGUUGACUGGUAUGGUAGUGCAGGAAGACUUGGGUUUAGAAACGGAAUAAUGUUGGCUACAUUUUCGUUUGUGAUUGUCAUCUUGGUUUUGGCAUCCCAAAUCCAAUGUUACAACAAGACAGGAAUUUUCCCACAUUUUGGUAAUGGUAUUGCUUAUUGUCUUUGCCGUACACUUCCAAUUGUUAUGGUUCUGUUGGCUGUGUGCUGCUAUUACCAGCCAACGGGUUAUCAAAACUCGCCAGAAAAAAGCAUCCCAUUAACCUGGAAUCAUGUUUGGGAGAGCAGAAGCUUGCCUGUGGCAUGGAACGACAUCUUGAUUGGAAAUACAGACCCAUUCUUCUGGUGGUUACCCUUGGUCGGUGUUGUAUUGAGCUUUGGUACGGUAUGCCUGUUGUGGAUUAUUCUCCAGCUUGUCUUGUGGCUAGGUGCUGCUCUGUGUUCUCUCUUUUACUCUGUCCAGAUACCUUGUCGAAUCUAUUCUCGAUCAAAUGAGACUCCUUAUCAGCGCCACCAACGCCGUGCAAUCACAACCCUUGUAUUAUUUGCCCUUGUGGCUACCUGUAUUCCCUAUCAAUUUGUGUUUGUGGUUGCGUUCUUAGUCCACAUAAUCACUUGCAUCAGAUCUCUGUUGAGAACAUGGACAGCUUUGCCAGCUCAGGAACAAAAACGUCUGAAUAGAUAUAAUUACAUGCAGUCCAUCAUGUUUUUAUUUAUUACACUGCUUCCGUUCAAUUUACCAAUCUUGUUGGUCUGGAUCAGAAACCUAUCUGUGCACUGGUUUGUUCCAUUCUCUUCUGAUCACAGUGUAAUGGCAAUCGCGCCGUUUAUGCUCUAUGUCGAACUUUUGACAGGCAAUCACAAGAUGUUACCUCGUCUGAACUCAAGAUAUUGGAACUGGGCCACUUAUCUGAUACUUUAUAGCAUCGUAGUUUAUGCGUUUCUUUACGGGAUUAAGUAUACACACUCGCUGUACUUUAUAUCAAAUCAUCUUGUAUGCUGGUUCCUGUUGUUACAUUUCGGGGACUCUGGUUAU